GCCAAAUAUCGCGGGAGUACGCAGCUCGUUCCUUUAAACGCUGUUGUGUGACUUGAACGAAGCCGUGUGGCUCAUCACCGUUAAAGUUACCUCUGGCCGGUAAACGACGUCCCUUUGACGGAGGAGAAGAUAGACAUGUCUCGUACUCCCUGUCGUUUUGAGGGGCUUCAGGUCGCCACGUUGUCGCGAGGCUCACCGUGAGCAGCACGCUGCUCUGUGUUGUGUUUAAAGUCAUCUGUUGCCAGUCGGAGCGCUGGGGAGGAACCAACGUGAUCCGAGGCGUCGCCAGGCGGACUGACGUCACAGAGCGGGCAGCCCGUUACACACUGGAAAUACCACCGACUAGUAACGAACGACUGUCUGUCAAAAAGAAAAAAACACACCAUGAAGUGUGUCGACAGCUAGCUCGCCCUCUCUCCACCGACCAUGUUUGUCACGGAAGGCAGCUGACUCGUGACCGAGCCCCGCAGCACGGUACAGGAGGAGCCAGCCUCACCGACACGGAGAGACGCACCGCGGCGGAGGGCUAACUUACACCCGAGCAGCCAGCUCCCAGCGCAGGAGCCGGACUAACUAGAGCGUCUUUUUAGUUUAUUUUGUGACCGUUUGUAGCCCCCACCCCCCCGUAUGCCGGCGCCUACGCCAGCCUCCACAGCCUGAAGGCAGCGUGAGAAGGACGGAGGGAGGCGACGGAGCUCCGGGGUCCCCGACACUCAGCCGAGGAGAGGCGCCGCUGAAAUGAGAUGAGGCUCAGAAAUGGAACUGUGGCCACUGCGAUUAUCUUCUUCACGUCCUUCCUCAGCCUGUCCUGGUACACAGCGUGGCAGAAUGGCAAAGAGAAGCUGAUAGCAUACCAGCGGGAGUUCCAUGCCUUGAAAGAGCGCCUUCGUGUGGCCGAGCACAGGACGCUGCAGCGCUCGUCCGAGCUCAACAACAUUCUUGAGCAGUUCAGACGUGCCAUAGCCGAGACGAACAGCAGCAAAGAUGCUCUCAUAAACUUCUCAGAUGAGACACAGAAACUACUGAAGGAGCUGGCAAAUAGGAAGCCUCUCCAGGUGCCAAAUAUCUACCACCACCUGCCUCACCUUCUCAACAAUGAGGGCAGCCUGCAUCCUGCCGUGCAGGUUGGUCUCGGCCGCACAGGAGUUACCAUGGUGAUGGGGAUCCCCACAGUGAAGCGGAAGGUGAAGUCUUAUCUGUCAGAGACGCUGCGUUCGCUAAUAGACAAGCUGUCACCAGAAGAGAAGCUCGACUGCGUCAUUAUUGUAUACGUUGGGGAGACUGACGUGGAAUACGUUCACAGCGUGGUUGCUGGCCUGGAAAAAGAGUUUUCUACAGAACUGAAUUCAGGCUUGUUGGAGGUGAUCUCCCCGCCAGCCGCCUAUUACCCCGAACUUGCCAACCUCAAAGAGACUUUUGGGGACUCCAAAGAGAGAGUCAAAUGGCGAACCAAGCAGAAUCUGGAUUAUUCCUUCCUCAUGAUGUAUGCUGUGAGCAAAGGAGUUUAUUAUGUCCAGCUGGAGGAUGACAUUGUGGCCAAGCCCAACUACUUUGCCACUAUGAAGAACUUUGCCCUGCAGCUCUCGUCAGAGGACUGGAUGAUCCUGGAGUUCUCUCAGCUGGGCUUCAUCGGAAAAAUGUUCCAGGCUCCGGACUUAAACCUCAUUGUUGAAUUCAUCUUCAUGUUCUACAAGGAGAAGCCCAUCGAUUGGCUGCUGGACCAUAUUCUCUGGGUCAAAGUCUGCAAUCCUGAGAAAGAUGCGAAACACUGCGAGCGUCAGAAGUCCAGCCUACGUGUGCGGUUCAGACCCUCCUUGUUUCAACACGUGGGACUCCAUUCUUCGCUUGCUGGAAAGAUCCAAAAACUCACAGACAAGGACUUCCUGAAGCCACUGCUCCACAAGAUGCAUGUCAACCCCCCAGCUGAGGUUUCCACUUCCGUGAAGGUGUAUCAGGGUCACACGCUAGAGAAGACAUACCUAGGGGAGGACUUCUUCUGGGCCAUCACACCUACUGCAGGAGACUACAUCCUCUUCAAAUUUGACCGACCUGUUAGCAUAGAGAAGUUCCUGUUUCGCAGUGGUAAUCAAGAGCACCCGGGGGACAAGAUUGAGAAUACUACAGUGGAAAUACUGCCUGUUUCGGAACCUGGACUGCAGACCAAAGAGAAGUACAAGCGAACUGAAGACCGCUUUUACAGGAUCGGUCAGUUUGAAAAAGGUGUGGCCGAAGGUGCUGUAGAUCCUUCUUUCAAUCCCAUCAUAGCGCUUCGGCUCUCUGUUCUCAAAGACUCAGCAGUGUGGGCCAUCCUCAGUGAAAUACAUAUAAAACGGAUAGCUGGCUGACUUUUCUGGAGCGGGCACAUGAAUCAUGGCCCCUGGGGGACCAAAAUCUCCUAGAUUGCUUACGCAGGGUCUCUGGCACCUAGCAACCAGCAGUGAAGUCAUGAGACCCCACUAGAGUUGCUCGUCUGAGCUUGUCUAAGGAACGCCACCUCUCUGUCCCCGCUGUUCCUAAUGUGCUUUGUUUAGCUUCUCAUCGGUCGAUUUCUCCAUUUCUUUCUGCAUCUGACCCUCACUCUCGUGCUCUUAAUCAUUUGUGAGAAUGUGAAUACUACUGUCGUAAAGAACAACCUUGCAGUGUGUCAAGACAUCUGUUCCCAGCUCCGGCGCUCAAAGUGACUGUGUUGUUCAGCAGCUUUGAGCACAAUCAGAAAAACGCUUGGAUGAAUGAGGACAAAUCAUCACAUCUGGGGAGAACCAGUCACCUGCCAGAUCCUCCUCCUGUUACUCAAUGCUGCCACCUUUCGGGCAAGCUGGGGCAUUGCACUGUCACUAGCGCCUCAGCAAAAGCCCACGCUGAUCGAGAAUGUCGUCAUCACUAAUGGCCAGUUGCUCUCUGUUCUCGACAGAAGUGACAGAGAUCUAGAUCAACACCAGCCCAAACAACAAUGUUUCCCUCACUCCCAGAGUAUUGUCAGCCACACUCAAAUACUCCACUUGUCCUGAAAAAUUAACUCAGGAUGAGCGUACUGUUCCAAAACCCUGCCUGUAGCCAGUCAGUAACAACUUUGACCAGACUGUAGGCCAGAUUCCAUGGUAACUACCCCAAUAUGUCAAGAGAAGUACCAUGACACCAUAUCUAUCUCACCUCCUGUCUGACAGGCUGUGUAUGACCUCAGUGUCCAUUUAUAGUAAACCAAUCAGACAUUGCCUUGGCGUCAUUCUCCUGAAAGAAUAUAUUGUUAUAUUGAUAGUUAUUACAGCUUUGACGAUCUAUGAAGGUGACUUAAUUUAUUUGAAAUAAAUCUUUAAUUUGUACAAGAGGUAAAAUAUAUUUUUAUUCUAUUAAGAGAUGUUUAUGGUAGUUCAGAGUCUGUUUUAUUUGUCUACUGUUUAUUUUUCUUUUCUAAAUCACUAUUGUACAUUUUCUUUUAAAUACUGCAGCUACUUGCCAAGUUUAUUUUGUCUGCUGGUGCAAGUAGCUUGGUUCACUCUGUACCAGUUUCUUUUCACUUGAAGCUAUACUUUACAACUAAAACGAUUCAUUUUUUCUUCUUAAAGUCUGAAUGGUAGGAGAGUGGUGAAUAGAGUUUGUUGAAGAAGUUGUGGGUCAAAAUUGGAAAAAAUGUGCCUUAUAUCCAGGUCCCUUGAAAUUGUCUCAGCAACAUUAUUCCAAUCUCUCGCUCUUGCCUACACUUUGAUUGCUGGACAUACUAAUAAUUUUAAAAUAACACCGUGUCCAAUUAGUGAUUGGAAGUUUAGAACAAUAUUUCUGUGCUACGCCAAGUGAAAGUGAUAAAAAGAGAGGGAGGGUUUUGUACCAGAUUACCGUCUGAAACAGCAUGAUUUGCACUGCUUUUUCACUGUUUUUUUGGGGGUUUUUUUAUCACCACAUGCUUCACCAUUGUACUUAAAUUUGACAUCCCAUAGAAGAUGCUCAUUUCACUGACUCCUUCAGAUCUACAUAACAAUCUUUUGUCUAAUCGAGUUUCUGUUUUGUCAUUGGACAAAAUACUAUGACUACUGAUUAUUGCAGAGUGCAGCUUUUGUUGUAUGAUAAGGCUGUGGUAAUGUAGUAUUUUCACUGAUUGCAAAUAUUUAAAUAAGCAAUGAGAAUUAUCUGUCUUUCUUUCUCAUUACUCUCUCUCUCUCCUGCCUCAUCUAAUAGGUUAUUGAAAUUCACUUGACACGUUUUGUGUUCGUGUGUGUGGCCAAUGUUUUGAGUGGAAGCAAUUUAAAUGAAACUUUACUGAUUUUACAUCUUAGUUGUUUAUUAAAGGGGGUAGUGAAGUGCCUUUUGGUGGAAUAGAUAUACAAAUAAGACAUUUUUUGCUAAUCAUGUUCUCGUGCAUGAUACAUUUUUAGUAGUUUAUAAAAAAUGUUCUUUAGUCAGAGCAGGCCCCUCCACCCCCUUAUCAAACCAUCCGUGCUAGAGCUGUACUCAAGAAAACUGAUUUAAACCUGAAAUCUUGAUCGCCGCCUCUUCAUCAAGUUAUUUUUUUAAAUGGUGAGAGGUUGAGAGCAAGCCACCUAAAUGGUGGAACAUGUUUUUAAAGGGGAAAGACACUUUAUGUACUGCUAAGAGGAUUGGCUUCUCCCUCUUGUCCUGUAUCCACAUACAGACAGGAACUGAAUGCAUGAUAACAGCAUGAACAGUCAUGAAUCUCCCUCUGAUUCCCCCCCUACUGUAUUAGUGGAAACUGGACUGGGGACAAAAAAAAGAAAGGAACUCUUCCCUUGAUCGACAACCCUAAACACCCAUCAGUUCAUGUGCCUUCAUCAUGUACAUGUGUAUGUCUGCCUUUGAUGUUUUUGACAUAAUUUUUCAUGGGCAUCUUUGAAAUAAAUGAUAAAAGUUCUUGGAAGCCAUA